UGUGUGUCUACACAAUACAACAAAUGAAGCAAAAGUCUCACCUUCUAGCCAUUAAACAAACAUACAUUUUUCCAAAUUUCAACUCUUCAAACUUCAACUCUUCAAACUUCAAACUUUAAACAACCACCAUAUCUUCAUCAAUCAAUCAUCUAUGGAGGAUAGAACAGCAAACAUAAUCACCAUUGCAUCCAUAAUCAAUCUAACAGUCCUCAUCAUUGUAUCGAGAAUCAUCUUCCACCUCACCGAACCAUUUUUCUUAAUCCUGGGAGCCUCACUUGCUGCCAUACUCGCCACAAUCGGUUUCUACAUCAUCCGCCGCAACAACCACAGCCGACGCCAGCAGUUAGAGACCAUUAUCGCUUCCGAAGGCAAAGAACUCCGUAUCGAGUACAGUUUUCUCCGAAAAGUGGCCGGACUUCCUACCAAAUUCAAGUUCCAAGAACUCGAAGAAGCUACCGAUAACUGGAAGUCCUUGAUCGGUAAAGGCGGGUCCGCUACCGUUUACAAAGGUUGUUUAAAAGAUGGAACCGCGGUUGCGGUUAAACGGAUUCAACACGGAGAGGAUAGAGGUGAAAAGGAGUUUAGAUCAGAGAUUGCAGCCAUUGCUAGUGUACAACAUGUAAACCUUGUGAGGUUGAUUGGAUACUGUAUUCAUACUAAUAAUCUUCAUUUUCUUGUUUAUGAUUUUAUUCCCAACGGUAGCUUAUCCAACUGGAUCUAUGCUCCGUUGGGAUCCGCCGCGAACAGUCGCGGCGGCGGAUGUUUGACUUGGAGUCAAAGGUUGAAAGUCGCGGUAGAUGUAGCGAAAGCGCUAGCGUAUCUACAUCAUGAUUGUCGGUCGAAAGUGCUUCACCUUGAUGUUAAACCGGAGAAUAUCCUCCUUGAUGGAAGCUAUAACGCGAUUGUCUCGGAUUUUGGAAUCUCGAAGCUCAUGAGGCGCGACGAUAGCCGGAUCGUCACUGGAAUGAGAGGCACGCGGGGCUACAUAGCUCCGGAAUGGUUGCUAGGAGUGGGAAUCUCAGAGAAAUCUGACGUGUUUAGCUAUGGAAUCGUGUUAUUCGAGCUCAUUAGUGGUAGGAGGAGCAUAAAGGCGAUUGACGUGGACGCUCACGGCAACAAAAUACGAAGAAGAUUCGAGUACUUCCCGAAAAUCAUAACAGAGAAGUUAAAAGCAGGACACAUCAUGGAAACCGUAGAUACGAGGCUGAUGGAUCUAAGUCAAGUUGAUGAAAAUGAAGUGAAGAAGCUAGUGCAUGUUGCACUAUGGUGCAUACAAGACAAGCCGCGAAGGCGGCCAAGCAUGACGGAGGUGGUGAAGUGGUUGGAAGGGCGGGUGGCGGUGGAGGAACCGCCGGAGACAAAGAUGAUUGUUGUUGAUCUUUUGUCCAUUGCAAAGGGUGAGAAUGGGGAAGAUGUUGGGUGGCAAAAUCGUAAUAAAAAGAAAAAGCCAGGGGUUAUUGCUAGAGUAGCUUCUCAAUUGAAUGGGUGUUUGGCUCCAAACGUGUAUUCGGAUACACCCGGGUCAAAAUCGUUUACAUAUUCAAUGACAAUGAUUUCACCAAGAUAGGUAUACAUUAUUGGUACCUAAUUCAUAUUGAGUUUAUAAAAUCAUUGUAUACAUGUAUAUAUGCAAGAUCCAUGACUCAUUCAUGAAUACAUCAUAUUUUUUUUUUGGAAAAAAUCAUCAUAUAUAUA